CCAGUAGGUUGUCGUCUCCGUCUAUUUUGCCCACCUUCGAUCAGUUAACCCAGCGCGGAUGAUAAUCGCGACGCCGCAGCUACCGGGAGCCGUCCGAUCAACUUUAAGCGGCUCAGAUCGUUGGGUGGUUAAGCACGACACCUUCGCGUACGGGCCACACAAACCUCGUCUCCGAUCUGAAAAAUCCCCCCUGCCAUUCCAUUCCACCAGUCUAUCUAUCUCAUUCCCAAAUUUUCCUCAUCGGCUUCGCUUCCCCCAAAUCGAAUCCCCAUCGCUCUGCUCCAUCCAUGGCAACUCUCACCAUGCAGCCGAUCGGUCCCACCCCCGCCCCGGCUGCGCAGGAAGACCAGAGGAACGGGGAGAAUCUUCCUACCGUGGAUGCUACCGAUUUGAGUGACAUCGACUCGGGUUGGGUUAUCCUCAAGAACUCGGAUAUUGUUUCCGCGGAUUUGGCAGCCGCCGCCGUCAGUGGAGGUCAGCGUCUAGGCUCUUCAACGAUUCCUAGCUGGGCACGGUGGGUUCUGGGAGGUGUGGUGUACACGGUCGUGCCGUUCUACAACAGAGUUAGGCAUCUCGAAGACGAGACCGUGGGGUUCGUGGAGAAUGCUGUGGAGGUUGUGGAGCAUAUAGCUGAAGUAACAGAGAAGCUAGCUGCGAAUGUGGCUAAGCAACUUCCUGAAGAUGGGUCUCUGCAGAAAGCAGCAGAGGAUGUUGAGCACAUUGCUGAGGUGGUGGAUGAUGAUGCAGAGAAGUUUGAAGCAGUCGCUGAAAAGAUCGACAAGGUCUGUGAUGAGAUUGAUGCUGCUGUGGAGCCAGUCAUCGAGGAGCUUGAAAAGGAACUUGAUCAGAGUACAACGUCUGAGAAAGGAGUUGACACAAAGAAUUGAUCAACAUCAUGUUAGGGGUACUCCUCAUUGUAUAUAGCGUCUGUACUAUUGUUUUUCUUCUCUCCUCUUUGGAAAAACUGCUUGUACAUAUGUAUGGUGUUGUAUGAACUGCACUUGCAAGAUGCAACCCACCAUGAUCAUAGUAAGGCAUGGAGAUUGUGUGCUUGGGUGCUCGUAGAUGAAGAACCGAAGACUGUUUGAUGUUGAAAGAAUUAUUUGUACUCUAUCAAGUCAUUAUGCAUAAAUAAAUACAUAUUGGUUCGCAUUUGUUUCUC